AUGAAAAGAGUCCACAUCACCCUCGAGCGCAGCAGGAAGCAGCUGCAGCAGGACUUCCAGAGGUGGUUCAACACAAUCGCCAACGCAAACAGCAGCAGCAGCAGCUGCAGCAGCAGCAGCAGCAGCGGCGGCACGGUGGCGCUUUUGCCCCUAUUCCCUUCCAUAGGAGACAGCAGCACAAAUGCCGUUUCUUCCCCCACGGCAGAAACUCUAAAGAAGCAGAAAGAAACAGCAGCAGCAGCAGCAGCAGCAGCAGCAGCAGCACAAGGGGCCCCAAGCUUCGUGGACUGGCCUCCCUUGGGGGCCCCCUUCUUCCCUUUUGUGAACCCUUUUAAUGGAAUAAGUGACUUCAAAAGAGAAAAUGAAACAGAGAACAAUUCAAAGAAUAAUGAAACACUUCAGCAGCAGCCAGAAAGCCAAGCUGGGGGCCCCCUGGGGACCCCCAGUACCCUGGGGCCCCCCAGUACCCUGGAGGCCCCCAGCACCACGGGGGCCCCCAGUGCCCUGGAGCCCCCCAGUACCCAGGACGCCCCCAGUAACCUGGGGGCCCCCAGUACCCUGGCCCCCAGUACCCUGGAUGCCCCCAGUACCCUGGGGGCCCCCAGCACUCUGGGGGCCCCCAGUACCCUGGGGGCCCCCAGUACCCUGGAGGCCUCUGGGGCCUCAAAGGCCUCAUUUACCCUUCAGGAUUUGCCCUCUUUGGGGGCCUUGGGGCCCCCUCUCUCAGACCUAGAGGACCCAAAGAAACUAGGGGCCUUGGGGGCCCUGGGGGCCCCUGGGGCCUCCAGGGUACCUGAGACCCUCGAUAUUCCAGGGGCCCCUAGAGGGGCCCCUGGAGGGGCCCCUGGGGCCCCAGAACCCCCUGGGGCCCCUCCCCAGAAAUCCCAGGGGCCCCUGGGGCCCCUGGGGCGCCUGAGGCCCUUGGGGCCCCAGAAAUCCCGGGGGCCCCUGGGGCCCCCGGGGGGUCCAGUGGGCUUUUUGGGGCCCCCGGGGCCCCCGGGUGGCUGGCAGAUGAAAUGGGUUUGUGGGCUGAGGCUUAUACUGGUGAUGCUGCAGCAGAUGCGGAAAUAA